UCCUUUCUUUUUUUUUUUUUUUAAGAAGAAAACAUAAUAAACUUAGUUUCUGUACAAGCAUCCGUGUAAGGAGGCUUCUGAUUUUCUGGUCUGGUGGAGGGUUGGGUGGGAACUUGGACAUAAUUUUUCACCUCCCUCUUGCAAUUACCCAUACCUGAUCUCUAAUCCAAGAUUGUAUACUUUUAAAGCAGAACUUAACCCCUCUCUCAGUCAAGAAAAGGAAAGAUUGUCAAAUCUGAUCUGAUAGGCUAUGUAGUCUCAGUUUUAGACCACCCAGACAUAACUCUUUUCUCUGACUCUUGAACUUUCCCUCACUCAGCUCUCCAACACCUUGGAGUUCCCUUUCAACCUCCUUGCUCAGGUGCUUCCUUACACUCCUUUCUUCAGAAAGCAGGCAUCCUCCAUUUGCUUCAUGCCUUGGCCCUCCUCUGCUCUCCAUCUAGCCAAACUGGUUUGAGUUGGCCAUGCCCCUUCCCAGCUCCCUGGGCUCUUCACAUGGUGGCUGGCCCCACAACUCUACCUUGGCUUGGCUUGGAGCCAUGAGUCAGCUUCAUCUCCACCCAAGCCAAAUCAAACCUGAGGCAGGAGCCGAAACUCACAGUCCCUCAAAGCCUAUAGCCAGGUAAGAAUCUAUGUUCGUGUUUAUAGUUUCCGACCUUAACUCCCUGGGCCCUCCUCCUGGAGCUCUUCUCAUUGGCUGACGCUUCAGUUCUUGCCUCAACUUGACAUUGCAGCUUUGCUACACAUCCUUUUGCUCUCUCAUCGCUCACUCUUUUUGCAUUUUCUUUACUUGUGCUUGGGGGAACCACAGGUGGUUUAGUUUUGUCCAAGCUGUAGGAGAAUGAUUGGACAUGAGGGUAGAAAGAUAUUUUGAUGUGCACAGAGGGUCUGAGUGAGUAAAGAAGAUACUAUGCAGGUUCCUGUAUGGGCAGUGAGGUUACUGGAACUCUGCUAAUCUGGUUGUGUUGUAUGGUCUGGGUUAAAAUGGAGAGAGAAGGUGGCAAGAAGGCAUCAUAACAAAGAUAGGUUCAGGGUUUGGGGCUUUUUGGUUGUUGUGUUUUAGUUUUUGUUUUGAGACAAGAUCUCCUAUCCUCAAACUCCUAAGCUAGCAAUGCUGGUCUUGAACUCUUGAUCUUUCUGCUUCCACCUGUCCAGAAUUGGGAUUAUAAGUGUCUGCUACUACUGCUGGGUUAGGUGUUAGUUUGUUUUUAAGUUUUUGUUUUUUAUUUUUUUUAAUAGCAAAAAAGAACUGUAUGAUUUUCCCUUCAUCCCCAGAACUGUUUUCAUGUCAGGUGUGGUGGUGGCACAUGCCUUUAAUCCCAGAACUCCAGUCAGAGGCAGGUGGAUCUCUGUGAGUUCUAGGCCAACCUGGUCUACAGAGUGAGUUCCAGGACAGCCAGGACUGUAUAGAGAAACUGUUUAAAAAACAAAAAAAAAUUGUCCCAGCACAAAGGAGCAGAGGCAGGGGAUCUCUGAAUUUGAGGCCAGCCCUGUCUACAUAGUUCCAGGCCAGUCAGGAAGAGAUACAUAGUGAGACCCUAUCUCAAAACAAAAUAAGGCACAUACUCAAAGGUUUUGAGAUUCUAUGUCCUGUUUCUCAGUAUGCUUCUCUGUACUUGCUGAAAUACAAGUAUAUUCACACAUGCUUGCCUUCAAAGAUUUAGAAUCUUAAACUGAUGGAAAGGAUUCCAUCCACGCAUUUAGUCUCCUGGCCUGAGUCACUGGAGGAAUUUCCCAGUAUGACUGCAUUCCUAAGUAUAGGGUUAGAACAGUAGAUAGCAUGCUUUGAGAAGGGUGGAGUCACCAUGCCAGAGCAAGAGCUCAUUUGUUGGGCUUAAAAGUACCUUGACUGUAUCGCCCACAGGUGAUGGAGGACGAGGAGAAGGCAGCGGAGAGCUUGAUGAGCAACAUGGAAGCUGCUCAUUCUCCAUCCCCUAUCCACUGCUGCUGGCUCCGCCUCCGCUACUUGGCAGCUACUAGCAUUAUCUGUGGCUGUUCUUGCCUGGGAGUCAUGGCCCUUGUGUUUGCCAUCAAGGCAGAAGAGCGGCAUAAGGCAGGCCAGUCGGAGGAGGCCAUAUACUGGGGGGCCCGGGCCCGGAGACUCAUUCUGGCCAGUUUUGCUGUCUGGUUUGCUGUCCUUGCUCUGGGUCCCUUGCUGCUGUGGCUACUCUCCUACACCAUUGCGCAGGCUGAGUAACCCUGGGUGGCCUUUGCUGAGAGCCAGUCAAGACCUGGAUCCAAUCCAACAGUGCGGCAGUGCUCAGUUCUGGUGACAGGAGUGGUUCGUGGUUCUUCCUGUCUGGAAGGACGUUGCCUUUCUCGGGAACCAUUGGAAGAGCUCAUCUAGGCUAUUCAAAGCACCUGAGACUUCACGGGGAGGUCAGCCUGCUCUAUUCUUUCAUUACCCUCUGCUUUGUCUCCCUACCCCUCCAUCCUAGGAGCCUCCAUUCAGAGAAAGGAUUGAAAACCAGGCUUGAUUUUAUUAGAAUUUGUUUUGUAAUAAAAACCUUUUUUGGUGGUGAAA